CGCGCUCCGCACUGGGAGCCCAGCGUCCGCCUCCCCGCGGGGCCGCCGCGCGCCGGGUGCGGCUCUAAAGCAUGCCGGGAAAGACGCUCAAAGGCGAGGGCUUAGCUUCCCCGCGCGCUCAUAGCCCAGCCUGGGAAGGACAAAAGGACUGCGCCUGCGCCUUUAAGGCGGACUCCCGUUCUCGGAGGGAAAUAACGUGGUCACGGACGCGUUUGGAGCUUCCCCCUUUUAACCCGUCCUCUCUCCUCAACAAGGAACGCAGACACACAGAGACGCAGGCAGAGGGAAAAGCAGGCUCCACGCAGGGAGCCCGACGUGGGACUUGAUCCGGAGUCUCCAGGAUCACGCCCUGGACUGAAGGCGUCGCUAAACCGCUGAGCCACCCGGGCUGCCCUGUGUGUUCUGAUAUUUUAAUUGACCGCUUGCAUCUACCAUGUGGUUUGUAGAUGCAAAUAUCUGGAUUAUCUUGAGAGCUUGCAAGAUGUGGCGGCCGUGUGCUUAACCGGGAAGCAGUUUGCUGGCCUCUUUGGUCUGCUCAGCAGCAGGCUCAGGUCGCCAGAGCCGCUCUGUUACAACCAGCGGCAUCAGUUGUGGGUCAGCCCUCUGGCCCCUGCGAGGCAUUUGCGUUUGGGGCCUCUAAAUAUUUGGGUGGAUGGAUGUAGGGAUAUUUAGAACAUUUAUGCGGAUUUGGUCAGAGGUCCCAGAUAACUGGGCAUAUAGUUCAAACUGCUGUUUCUUAUUCUUUUUGUUUUUUUAAAUCUUUUUUAAAGAUUUUAUUUAUUUAUUCAUUAGAGACACACAGAGAGAGGCAGAGACACAGGCAGAGGGAGAAGCAGGCUCCAUUCAGGGAGCCCAACGCAGAGCAGAACUCAAUCUCGGUCUCCAGGAUCACGCCCUGGGCUGAAGGCAGAUGCUCAAGCACUGAGCCACCCGGGCUGCCCUAUUCUUACUCUCAUCAAGGUGUUUUUCCUAUUGGAACAAGACUUUUUGGCCCAGGCUUGGUUAACAUGAAUCAGGAGAUAUUUACGGGAAGAUGUUUGUGAAUUGAUAUUCUGUAAUGACAAAUCUGUAAAAAUUUCUUUAAAGAAAAAAAUUUGAAGCUUGAUUACCUUGAUGUUUUAUGCUACAACAACCGUUAUUGAAAUAGAGGGUACUGAGGAUAAUUUGUAUUAUCUUUGUCCACAAUUAUGGUUUGGUAACCUCCACAACUCUUGGCAAGACUUCAUAUAGGCAAGAAGCGUGUUUGCCCUGGUAAUAGCUCUACCUCACCUCUAGUCUAAGGUUCCUGAAGUCGGAGACUUCUUUUAUUCACAGUGCCUGCUUAAAAAGACCCACCAAUUCCAGUUGAGAUCACCGUGGCAGCCAGACCUUUCCUUCCUCACAAGAAGCAGCAGCUCUUAUCAACAGCAACAGUGACAGAACCUGUGGUUUGGAAAAGGACUCAUGGCUUUGAACCUAGGCCGGAGAACAUUUGCACCAUUUGCCACGAAUCACUGUAGUGUCUUUCUGAAAGCAGUGAGGAGUAGUGGUCUUUCCUUGUUUCCCUGGGGCCGCUGCCCUUGGAGACGAACUGGAAGCUUUUUGGACCCUGAGAUGAAAGCUUUCCUGGAGGAGAACACUGAAGUCACCAGCAGUGGCAGCCUCACCCCUGAAAUCCAGUUGCGGCUUUUGACACCCAGAUGCAAGUUCUGGUGGCAGAGAGCUGACCUGUGGCCCUAUAGCGAACCAUACUGGGCAAUCUACUGGCCUGGAGGCCAAGCCCUGUCUAGGUACCUUUUGGAUAAUCCUGAUGUUGUUAGAGGAAAGUCUGUGUUAGAUCUUGGGAGUGGAUGUGGAGCUACAGCUAUUGCUGCUAAGAUGAGUGGGGCAUCAAGGAUCUUGGCCAACGACAUAGACCCUAUUGCAGGAAUGGCUAUCAGACUGAAUUGUGAAUUGAACCAACUGAAUCCUUUUCCCAUUUUAACCAAAAACAUUUUGGAUUUGGAACAAGAUAAGUGGGACCUUGUUGUGCUUGGAGAUAUGUUUUAUGAUGAGGACCUUGCAGACAGUCUUCAUCAAUGGCUGAAGAAUUGCUUUUGGACCCACAGAACUCGAGUACUGAUUGGUGACCCUGGACGACCCCAAUUCAGUGGACAUAGCAUUCAACAUCAGCUACACAAACUGAUAGAAUAUUCACUUCCAGAGCCCACUAGGAGGGAAAACAAUGGAUUGACAACAAGCACAGUAUGGGAUUUUCAGCCUUGAGUUAUCCAAGUAUGAAUAUAUUAUGUUUGGGUUUAACCCUAAAAGACUCUCCAGUUUAAAGCAUGUAGUUCUUGUAAAAUGGCAAAUCUUGUUUCUAAAAUAUGAAGUCUUAAAGUUU